GACACCUACCAAUUAUUGCGAGUGCUGUUGAAGCUGUACUGUACUGUCCAUGCAAAUAAAGGACCUUUCAAAGAAACAAUCCAGUAAGUAACCCUUGUCCUUUCAGUAGCAUCCAAACAUUCAUUUAAUAAAAUUGGGCUUAUUCUUGCUAAAAAAAGUUUUAAGCGUUGAUUUCAAUCACGGUUGUAUUGAUUGAAACGCAUGGAAGCUUCCUGUCCAACUUUUGACGAAACAUCUUGGACGUUGAAUUGCAAUGAGUUAUCCAAAAUCAAGGAUGAAACGUAUGCUUCGGCAACAGGCCGAGAGGCCCAUUGAUGACUCUGCUGUAGACCUGGUUUAUCUUGAUUAUUGUCUUUUUUUACAAUCACUCUUGAAAGAAGCCAACAUUGAAGCAGAACGAACCGGGGAAAAGAAAAUUCAGCCGAUCCAUAUUCAAAAUGUUAAACGGAAAAUUUUAGCCCGCUACCGAGGAUAGCAAACAAUCAUAGCAGUCAUAAGGAAGAAUCAAUUAAGAACCCCGAUAGAAACAUCCAUGGUCGCUUUGAAAUGAAGGUAAAAAAGGCGAGCGCCAGGUUUCGCUUUUCUGCUUUUCAUGUUUUUAUCUGAGGUUUUGAUUCGCUUGCGUUACAUGUCGGGUCUGCUGUUUAAUACACGAGUGAUGCAUCCAAUCCCAUUGACUUGAACAAUCUAAUAUUUGUGUCAGUUCGUUUAUAUCGAAUACCGUGAAAGAGUACAUACCUUUUCAUGCCAGUUUAGCAAAACAGAGGGAUUAUAGGCUUGAGGAUGUGCAAGUGCACGAUAAAUAAAGUUCAUCAUGUUAUCUAAAUCUUCAGUACUGCGUUGUUUUAAAAAUGCUAUAAUAUCAGUGGACCGGAUGUAGCUCAGCAAGUCAACAAAGGCGGAUAAGUAUUGUUGCUAGGCGGAGGUUAAUAUAAUUUUCAAAGAAAA